AUGGAAACCCCACAGGAAAAGAAGGCAAUGCUGGAACAGUCCCCGCCUGACCGGUUCAGCUUCUUCUCGUCCCAGACGAAGGAGGUCACCACGUCGUCGACCUGGGACGCUCUUUUCCCAGAUGGAAACCUCGAUCAUAUGACCCAGGAGAAGCAAAAGGGUCGUCCAGAUCCCAACCAGCCCAUCUGGUGGAUUGAUAUCUGCGAUGCCAGUGAGGGAGACGUUGAUGUCGUUGCCCAGGCGUUGUCCAUUCAUCCCUUGACGGCAGAGGAUAUUGCUAUCCGUGAACCUCGGGAGAAAGUCGACGUGUUCAAGAACUACUAUCUGAUCUCAUUUCAGACUUUGGUUUCUAGCGCGACUAAACAAGAACGGCCCGGUAUUCCUGUCUCCGCUGCGCUGUAUAUUCUCGUCUUUCAGUAUGGUGUCGUCACUUUUUCGCCUAGUGGCUCUGGACACGUUACUCGGGCUAGAGACCGCGUUCGCAAGAUGCACGAUCCGUCUAUUUUGACGAGUGACUGGGUCUGUUAUGCAAUGAUCGACGACAUAAUCGACAGCUUCGAGCCCUUCACCCGGGCCGCAGAACAAGAAUCCGAAGCAAUCGAAGACCAAGUCUUUAUCGCCCGCAUUGACGACGCAAAAGAACUCAUCCCACAAGUCGACUUUCUCCGUAAGAGAAUCACCCACAUCAUCCGCUGCCUCCACGGCAAAGUCGACGUCCUAAACGGCUUCAUCAAGCGCUGCCAGUCACCCGACAAGCACCCCGUUUUCCCGGAUGGAGAUCUCCUCCUCUACCUCGGUGACGUGCAGGACCAUCUCGUCACCACACUGUCUUCUCUCGGGCACAUCGAUGAGAUCAUCGGUCGGUCCCAGGCGAACUGUCUGGCACAGUUGAGCGCUACCAAUCUGCGUCUUAGUUUGACUAUUAAUUCCGGAUUGAGUAAGGUUACCCUCCUGGCUACUAUUUUCGUGCCCUGCCAUCUUGUUACUGGUAUGUGGGGAAUGAAUGUUCCUGUUCCUGGCCAGGAGGCCCAUGGGCUUGGGUGGUUCUUUGGUAUUGUUGGUGUGUUUGCUGCUUUUAUGGUUGUUUGUGUUGCUAUGGCUGCGAGGUAUAAACUUUUGUAG